AGCCUUCUCUCUCUGUAUCUCUUCAUUUUUCCUUGGGCCGCUCUCAUCGUUAUCUUUUCUCUCUUCUCAGUCUGGGAAUUCCCAGCUCUAUUCCUCGAGCUUCUUUCAUGUUCUUCCUAAGAAACUACCCAAUCUACUUCAACCCUCAUUUUGGAUCCAAAUCGCUUGGCCAAGGGUAGAUAAUCGGAUCUAAAGGCUUUGAGGGAAGCUCUCGACUUUCUCCGGCGGGAGUUAAGGUUAUUUACAGCAAUUGAACAUCGAACUUCGUGAAAUCAGAGAUCUAGCCAUCUAGGCUUCUCGGAACGGUAUCAUUUUCGAAGUUCAAACUCUAUCCCUGCGCCUGCGAGAUUUUAUCGUUCUACUUCGGUUUCAAAUUUUUCUGAAUUGGGUCUCCUUUUUCUGAAUCAAGAAGAUGCAGAGGCCUCCGCCGGAAGAGUAUUUAUUGAAGGAGACCAACCCUCACCUUGGAGGGGGAAAGGUCUCUGGUGAUAAAGUAACGAGUACCUAUGAUCUUGUUGAGCAAAUGCAAUACCUGUAUGUAAGGGUGGUCAAGGCUAAGGACCUGCCUGCAAAAGAUGUCACUGGCAGUUGUGACCCUUAUGCUGAAGUGAAGCUCGGAAACUACAAAGGCACCACUCGUCACUUUGAGAAGAAAACUAACCCUGAGUGGAAUCAGGUUUUUGCUUUCUCCAAAGAUCGGAUGCAGGCCUCGACGCUGGAGGUUACUGUGAAAGAUAAAGAUUUUGUGAAGGAUGACUUCAUUGGCCGUGUUUCAUUUGACCUGAAUGAGGUCCCUAAACGAGUUCCCCCAGAUAGCCCUCUGGCACCACAAUGGUAUAGAUUGGAGGACAGGAAGGGCGAUAAGGCAAAGGGGGAGCUAAUGCUGGCAGUAUGGAUGGGUACCCAAGCUGAUGAAGCAUUUCCUGAAGCUUGGCACUCUGAUGCCGCAACAGUUAGUGGGGCUGAUGCUCUUGCAAACAUUAGAUCAAAAGUGUAUCUAUCUCCGAAGCUUUGGUAUUUAAGGGUUAAUGUAAUAGAGGCGCAAGACCUGCUACCAACUGACAAGGGUAGAUACCCAGAAGUUUUUGUGAAGGCUAUCCUGGGAAAUCAGGCUUUGAGGACCAGAAUCUCUCAGAGUAGGAGCAUUAAUCCAAUGUGGAAUGAGGACCUGAUGUUUGUAGCAGCAGAGCCAUUUGAGGAGCCCCUCAUUUUGAGUGUGGAAGACAGAGUUGCACCUAACAAAGAUGAAGUGUUGGGGAGGUGUGUAAUUCCUUUACAGUAUGUGCAUAGGAGGCUAGAUCACAAACCUGUGGACACUAGGUGGUUCAAUCUUGAGAAACAUGUUGUUGUAGAAGGGGAAAAGAAGAAGGAAAUCAAGUUUGCUAGCAGGAUCCACAUGAGGAUCUCCCUAGAAGGUGGUUAUCAUGUUUUGGAUGAAUCAACUCACUACAGCAGUGAUCUACGCCCAACAGCAAAACAGCUGUGGAAGUCCAGCAUUGGCGUUCUUGAAGUGGGGAUAUUGAAUGCCCAAGGCUUAAUGCCUAUGAAAACCAAAGAUGGGAGGGGGACGACAGAUGCUUAUUGUGUUGCAAAAUAUGGGCAGAAGUGGGUAAGGACUAGGACAAUCAUUGAUAGUUUUGCACCCAAGUGGAAUGAGCAAUAUACUUGGGAGGUUUUUGAUCCUUGCACUGUCAUCACUAUUGGUGUUUUUGAUAACUGUCAUUUACAUGGCGGCGAUAAGGGUGGAGGAGCAAAGGAUUCAAGGAUUGGGAAGGUAAGAAUUCGCCUUUCCACCCUUGAGACUGAACGGGUCUAUACACAUUCCUAUCCUCUCCUAGUCCUUCACCCUAAUGGGGUAAAGAAGAUGGGUGAGAUUCACUUGGCUGUGAGGUUCACUUGUUCUUCUUUGCUUAACAUGAUGCAUAUGUACUCACAACCUUUGUUGCCAAAGAUGCAUUAUAUUCACCCAUUAACUGUCAGCCAGCUUGACAACUUGAGGCAUCAAGCAACUCAGAUUGUUUCUAUGAGGCUGAGUCGUGCUGAGCCACCAUUGAGAAAGGAGGUAGUGGAAUAUAUGCUGGAUGUGGGUUCCCAUAUGUGGAGUAUGAGAAGAAGCAAAGCUAACUUCUUCAGGAUAAUGGGAGUUUUGAGUGGAUUAAUUGCUGUGGGGAAGUGGUUUGAUCAGAUUUGCAAUUGGAAGAAUCCUAUCACAACAGUUCUGAUUCACAUCUUGUUUAUCAUAUUGGUUAUGUAUCCAGAGCUUAUCUUACCUACAAUUUUCCUUUAUCUUUUCUUGAUUGGAGUUUGGUACUAUCGGUGGAGACCAAGACAUCCUCCCCACAUGGACACUCGACUCUCUCAUGCGGACUCUGCCCAUCCUGAUGAACUGGAUGAAGAAUUUGACACAUUCCCAACUUCUCGACCGUCUGACAUUGUAAGAAUGAGAUAUGAUCGACUUAGAAGUAUUGCUGGGAGGAUCCAGACAGUGGUUGGUGACUUGGCUACUCAGGGAGAGAGGCUGCAAUCUUUGCUCAGCUGGCGAGAUCCAAGGGCAACAGCCCUGUUUGUGAUUUUCUGUCUUGUUGCUGCCAUUGUUCUGUAUGUUACUCCUUUUCAAGUUGUGGCCCUCCUCACUGGAUUCUAUGUGUUGAGGCAUCCAAGGUUCCGUCAUAAGCUUCCUUCAGUGCCGCUGAAUUUCUUCAGGAGGCUUCCUGCAAGAACUGAUUGCAUGCUGUGAGUAACCCCCAGUUUUAUCGCAAUUCAACUGUGAUUGCUAUGCCUUGUUACCUAUCAAUGAGUCUGGGAAGGCGCAGAAACAAAUUAAGCUUAUUUACUUUUAUCGUCAAGGACCAGAUUUUGGUUUCUGGUUUAACGUGUAUGACCUUCUGAAGGGUAGUAGAUUUUGUGGGUUUGCUGUUCAUUAUGUGGUAGGGUUUUCUGUUUUGAACUCCAUCUUAGUCUGCUGUUCAUUUGUAAUUUUGUAGGUUUUGUGUUGAAAUUGACUUGUGUUGAUUUACUUUUAUCUUUAAUUAGAUGAAGUAAUUUAUCGAAAUGACAUGGUCGAUCUGAGCACCGCCACCAUUGACCAUGUUUGAAAAUGGAUGUGAUUUUGGUUA